AAGCGGCGCGAGGAGGAAGUGAAGUCAGUCUCGCGGUGGCGAAUCCGCUGCUCGGAGCGGAGCGGACGAAAAAAGAAAGAGAGCGAGCGAGCAAGCAGGCGGCGGGGCUGCGGGACCUGAGCUGGGCAGAGCCGCUUUGCAUGGUAGAAGCCCUGUGAUUUCCGAAGAUUACGAGUAACCUGGCUUCAGCAUCAACGAUGGACCAGGGUGAUUAUAAUAGCCCCUUUCAGGAGGCACAGCUAACCAAGAUUCUCCUCUACUCCUUCCUGGAGAAGUCUUCCGACUGUGCUUUUGCUUCAGAGCUUUGUGCUUUGAAAAACCAGUUGGUUUCAGAGCAGGACGAUGAUGACGAGCUUCAGACAGAUGGCAACAGAUUUGGGCAACCUGAGGACAUCAUAUAUCCAAAUUCAGAUGAAGAGGAAAUUUUCCGGAUUAUUGGAGCUCAGCUGGCUGAAAUCGGAGAUCAGCUGGCUGCCGAGAUUGACCCAUCGCUCAUACAGAAUCUUGUGCGGCAGUUUAUGGCGAAGAACAUGUCCAAAGAGGCAAUAACCAAUCACCUGUCUCAAGUAGUGAAGGAAGUUGUGCGAAGGAUGCCUUUGGAAAUGGAGCAGGAGAGAGCCAUGCUAGUGGUAGCUAUGGUUUUAGCCAAAAAAGUAGCAAACACUGUGCCAUCUCUUCUACAACAAGUGUUCAGCACAACCGUGAACUACAUCAACCAGAACCUCCGUGAUUAUGUGAACAACUUGGAACCUGAGGUGAUAUAAAAUAAAAUCCAGAUGUGAAUGAAGGGAACACAACAUGUCUACCUUUAAGAAAUCUUUUUUU